CCAGUGUUCAUGGUUGGAGAGAGAACAUUUGCUGUGCCUGCAUUAGCCCAGUGCUUGGAAGAAUCACCUAGAAACAUCUCUCCUCUGUGCAGAGAAACCCGGGGGAGCUUUGUAGAACUGGGCAGACCGUUCAUCUGCAAUCGGCCAAAGAGCCAGAAGCAGAGAGGGUGUGUGAGAAUCACCAGGAAGAAUUUGCUUUGUUGUUCUGAAGAGGGGCCAACAACUCACCUAUGUGAUCUGCACGGCGCACAAAGAAAACCAUGUUACAGCUUCCACAGAGACAGCCACUGAGCAGUGCGAGAGCUAGAAUGAUGGGAUGGUAAUUGCUAGGAUCACUCUUUCACCGAUAAAAAGAAAACCAGCUCCUGAUGUCUCCCGAGCAGUCCAGAAUUUAGAAACACUCUGCAUUAUGCACCGUGAGAAGAGGAAGGUGCAGACUGCAAUGGCUCUUCCUCCUGAACUGAGGCAGAGGACGCCGGAGUUCUCCCUCAACCCCCAAACUCUGAAGCAAUUCAAAGUGAAUGUGACUCUGGAUCCAGACACGGCAGGUCCUGAACUCAUCCUCUCUGAGGAUCUGAAAGGUGCCAGAUGGGGAAAACCAAGUCAGGAGAUGCCUGACAGUCUGGAGAGAUUUGACACUGAUCCCUGCGUGUUGGGCUGUGAGGGAUUCACCUCGGGGAGACACUACUGGGAGGUGGAGGUGGAUGGGAUGUUCUGGACUGUGGGUGUGGCCAGUGAGUCUGUGAGGAGGAAAGGACAUAUUGUCUUUCGACCCAACACGGAGUCUUGGGUUUACAGAAAUAUCAUCAUCUCUGUAUGGCGCUCACCAACCCUUCCAACACCUAUGUGCCCCUCAAAAAGAACAACAAUGAGAUCGGCAUCUAUUGGACUAUGAACUGGGGCGAGUGUCAUUUUACGACCUCAGCAACGAGGAGCUGCUCUUCGCUUUCCCGCCGGUCUCUUUCAAUGGGGAGAGAGUUUUCCCUUACUUUUGUGUAUUGUUGUCCCACAUAAAACUGUCCCCCAGAGGGUGAUGCAUGGCUGUGAUCCCAAGAAACUGGAUUCUCUGGCCUGUGGUGUCAUACUCUCUA